AUGGAGCUACCAGAAUGUUUGCACCGCGGUGAGGUGUGGCAAUUUAGUGCCCAAUACGACGGCUGGUUGAGCGUGAAGCUACUGUUGUACAGCCAUGCACUUGUGGUGGAUCCGGAUGCAGAUACAUCUGACAUUCGUCGUCGCAAACGUCAUGGUUCUGUGAAUCUCUGGAUGGAUUUGUGUCUAGUGCAAGACAUUAUUCACGUCGAAAAAGGAGAGGGCGUUAUACAUCGUCGUGCUAGCUACAAUCAUAGUCAAUUAACUUCCAAGAGACGUCCAAAGUUUCAAUUCACGCUAUCAACGAAGCAACAAUUGACUCUUGAGUUUGCUACGUCCACAAUGGAACAAAGAGACGAGUGGGUGCACUGUCUAUUAUUGGCUACAGAGCUACUGCACAAGCGUAUAAUGCACGAGCCCAAGAGUGAUCAAAGUGCAUUCCUUAGGUUUGCAUCCAGUGGGUCAGAAGACACUGAUGAGGAAGAGGAGCACCGGUUAUCGAAUUUAUCUACGUCUUGGUCGGAAGAAAGCACGCGACGGCCGGUCCAGUUCUUAUCGCAACCCGACCUAUCUAGGGCUGUGCAGUCGAGUGUAAAGCAGGCAGAGAGCGCGUGGAGUCCGUUGUCGUUUGCGAUUCUUAACAUCACCUUGACAGAUGAUCAUAGAGACAGCGUGUCAACUAUUGUUUCGGUUAGUGCGGCCUCGCAAGAGAGUGUGAGCAUUUACCAGAUAAAGCUGGAUGCGAUCAGGCAGAUGCAAGCUGAGGUACACCGGUCUACCAAAUCUGAACGCGGGCGUCUGCAGAGUCUAUUAUGGUGUGAAGCAGACAGUUUUGUAUUGUACCUUGAAUCAGAAAAUCAGUGGCUCAGUGAAGAACAGCAAUCUAUUGGCCGCUACAUCCUUGACUGCGAAACUUGCGACAUACAUCUCAUACUGGCACCAGUGGACAGAAUGCCGCAACCCACAAUUGAUCUGGCAGUCGUUGGGACGAAGACGAAGAUCAGCGAUCUGUCGCAGCGCCCGUACACUUGUUACGUAAUUGACAUCAUCUUCAACGGCACGAAGUGGCAAAUCACGCGACGCUAUAAGGAUUUUGAUGUCCUACAGAGCCAUCUGAGGCGCAAGUAUCGUGAUGCCAAGCUACCUGGAUUACCUUCGAAGCACGUGUUCACUCCAGUAAAUGGCGAGUUUAUCAACUAUCGCAAGGAACAGCUUGAAGCUUUCUUGAAGCAAUUGUUGUUGUAUCCUAUUGCCAGCACCGAUGUGCUCCUAAUGUCAUUUUUGGGCGUUGUGUCUGUCGCGAGCGAUCCAGAACUCGGCCUUAGUGGAAAGAGUGUGAUACAUGUCACAUCACUACAUGAUACUGUUUCUUGCGGUGACAUCAUUCUGUUCUCAUGUCGAUUUGGAGCUAGUCGAUUACAACGCAAGUUUACAGGCUCGAAGUAUGAUCACAUCGGCAUCGUAGUACCAGGUGAGUCAAAAUUUAUUUUGCGGAUAAUGGAGGCAACCUCUGUAGGUAUAAAUGUGUACCCGCUGAAAGCACGACUUAUAGCCUACGCCCGCGAAGUGUCAAACACAAUUGUUUUGCGGAACAUUAAGACUGAAAGAACUCCGGAGCUCGUUGAGUUACUGGAAAAAUUUGUCCGCCGUGUUGAGGGCAAUCCCUACAGCAUUUUAGGGAUAUUUCGUUCCGCCAGUGAAUCGGAUCAGAGCAUGUUACACAAUGUACAUGUUGGAAGUGUCGGCUACAAUGACGCUGAGAAUAUUGACUCUAGUUCCAGUAGUAGCGUUUGCUCGAUUCCAUCAUCUUUUAUGAGAGACGAGGUUAUUUUCACCAAGUGUGAGGAUGCGAAACGCAAAUAUUUUUGUUCCAGCCUGGUAGCAUCGGCGUGGAAGGAGUUGGGAUGGUUGCAGACAAAACGCAAAUCGACCUCGUUUUGGCCGGGAAGUUUUGAGGAUGGAGGAGAGGUUGAAGGAGCGUUAGCGCCUGGUAUUGUGCUAGAAUCGGAGGCUGUAAUCGACUGUCGAAUUGUCGAAGUUGGAAUGCUUACCAUGAUGACUGGAUGA